CCUCGUCACCCGCCGAGCGCCACCGCAGACUACGCGUCCCAGAAGGCCAUGCGCCCGCCAGCCGCGCCGAUCGGCCGGGCUCAGCGCCGCGGGGCAUGCUGGGAUUUGUAGUCCCGCCGCCGCCUGCCGCUCCUUUCCGCCUGAGCGAGGCUCGCCCGCUGUGGAGAUCCCCGGAACUGAGAAAGCAGGAGCGGCCCUAGUGGCCGCAGCCCUCAGUCUGGGAGCGAGCGAGGCUUGUCCCCGGUGCACCGGGGAACCUGUUCCCGCCCGGACCCGCACGGCCGGAGCGCUUCCCGGGGCACCGGAAGCCGCCUCAGCGAGGAGGCCGCGGGUCCGAGCCGGGCCUUGAUAAAGCAAAUAUGUUUCCUCUCUUACAACGAUGCUGCUUCCACAUGCCUUUCAAACUCCAGAAAUCUACCAGCCCCAGACUACUACUGCAUGGAAACAAUAAGACAACUUGGUCUUCUGUCGGCCUCUGUCUGCAGAGAGAUGCAUGUCAUCUCUCAAGAUCUCCAAGCCUCAACCCAGCAUCAGUAUAUGCAACCAAGCUCCAGGCUUUUCACACCUCUCUGCCCUUCCUCAAAAAGAAAACCCCCAAAGAAUCUGAGACCAAAGACCCAGGCGUAUGGCAACGAAGCAUGAAAUCGCUAAAGGAUUCUCCAAAGCCAGCCCUUUACUUAAGCCUUGCAGGGCUAAUUCCAUUUGCCUCUGUGCCACUGUCAAUGGCCGUCCAAGGGACCUACUACCCAGAGCUGGCAUUUGCUCAGAUUACGUACGGUGCCGUAACAGUCUCUUUCCUAGGAGGAAUGAGGUGGGGGUUUGCCCUCCCGGAAAACAGCCCAGCCAAGCCAGACUGGCUGAACCUGGCCAACAGUACAAUUCCUCCUCUACUUGCCUGGCAAGCCUUGCUUUUUAAAGAUAUCACUCAUGGUGCAAUAAUGCUGGUAAUGGCCUUAGGGAUAGCACUACAUUAUGAUGUUUCCCUUCUUCCUACGUAUCCUCGGUGGUUUAAAGUACUGAGGGUAGUGGGAACGCUAGUGAUGGUAUUAUCACUAUUAGCUACUGCAGUGUUGAAGACUCUUUUGGAGAAUCAGCUAAGUGAUAGCAGAAAUAAGUGUCAGAACAUAAAAUAAUAAAUCAAUAGGAAAAAGCUGUUAAUCUGCCAAUAAGGUAUUUGUAUUGAGUUACAGGGGAAAUAAAGACUUACUUGUGCUUAGAAAUCGUAAGAUGGCAGUGAUGAAGAUGCUCAUUCUCAAAGCAAACAAGUUAGCUACUUCAGGAGAGAAGGACUGUAAAUAGCAAUGACUUCUAAGGCAGGCAUGAGCCUGUCCUUAUCCAUAGAAGAAAGCAUGAUUCUUGAAUGAGGUAUUACCGUCGUACAAAUUUAAAAUGGAGAUUCAAAUGGCAUGGGUAUGAAUUGCUCUAUGCUGUAUUAUUAAAGUAUCUGUUUUAACUAUAAUGCAUGAUAAUCUUCUGUGGUGAAGAGAACAACUGCGUAGUCAUAAACAGUAAGAAGGUAAAAGCAAUUCUAGUUUAAUGUUUAAAGAAGCAGCAGGAAAAUAUGGAAAAGUACACGUUCAAUUCCUGUGUUAUGGAACAAAUCUGUGUCUUACUUCAGCUGAGAAGGUGCUGAAAAUGCUCUGUGCUUAUGUGCAAGUCAAGGAAGAAAGGAAAGGCAAGGUUUGUUUGCGGUGGCAAGCCAAGGUCAGCACUCACCUAAAAUACAUCAUCUAGCUGCUGUGAUGAAGCGGGAAAAGCUAGAAGGGGAAGCUCUGUAACUUUGACAAGGUGCCACAAGAGACAGGUUAGCUUCCUACUCAAGCUGAAUUCAAGAAAAAAGGAUACCUGGGCCAUCUUCCUAGGUUUUGUUUGGACUUGGGGCUGCCUAGCUAGGGAAGCUGCAUGCAGCAUAGCCAUAACGAUCUGUCACACUCCUAAAUUAAAAUACCGUCAACUGAUGAUAUGAUGCAAAUGUAUAAUAUGACACAAGGACUCAAUUGCUGGCACUAAGGGAUUAGGUAAUGGGAUUGAAAGUAGUUUCUGUCUUCUCCUUCCUCAAAACUGGUUUUAUUUGAGCAUCCGGGCUAGGUACAAAUGGACAUGUAGCCUGCAAACCCUCCAUGAUGGGUCAGUUAUUGAAAACACUGGACUUUGUACUUCUGUCUUCCUAAUGCAUCAUUCAGGGGAAGAAGAUAUAAUCCAAGUCACCUGGAUUUUCUUUUCUAGGCUCAGCUGCCUCAAGAAACCUAUGAAAUUGUACGUGGGCAUACUUACUGUAGGCUUUUUAUCUUAAGUAUUCUUUAAGUACAGUAUAAGAUGCAAGAAUAAAGCUGAAAAGUGACAUCCACACACAAUCUUAGGACCAAUUUAGAUAAUCCUCAUAGUUCUUUUAAAGCACUAUUCCUCAUUGUUGUUCUACACAGAAUAAAGAACAUGCUGUCACUGGAAAUUUGUUAUCCAUUCAUUCUACAAAGAACGGACAUUUAAGAAGUCUAUGCUGAAGAUAAAGCCAUCUUCUUAUAUGAUAAUGCUGAAAACAGCAACUAUGUACAUGAACCUCUGACUUUUGUAACCUGUUAACCUUUACACGUUAAUAGCAUCAUAUGUCUGAAACAGUGAUGUAUGUCAGUGCUCUCUGAAUAUAGAGGAAGUAAA